GUAUCUGCACUUAAAACACUCGCCACACCGCCACCGCUGCCGCCAUCGUCGUCGCAGCCGUGACGCGACUUUGUAUCUAUGAAAAUUUCGAUUGGGCAGUCAGUAAGAGUGUGGUGUGCCUUUUGUUUUUGUAACGAUUUUACUAGUUGCAAAUUCAAAAAAUCCAACUGGUGGCUUCAGUCGGGUGUCGACGAUCUUUGUUUGCAGAAGGAAGCUUCAAAGUGCGAUGUUGUAUACUGUGCAAUACACCAGUCAUCGUUUAAUGUGGUGCUACUAUACGGUGUUGUAAAUAAACAUUAAACAUAUUCGAAAUAAAAUUGCUUACUUAAUGUUAACAAAUCAUUAGUGUUAUUUUCUUAUCAUUCGAUUGAAAAAACAAAAUUCAAACCUUAUCACAGAGAGUGUUUAAUAAGUAAAUGCGAGAUAAGAAACUGGAGUGUUUUGUGUUAAAAUAAAUUUAAACAAAUUUUAAAAUCCUACAACAAUAACAAAUAGAAAUAUGAUUGAGAAUCUUUUGAAUAUUCUUCGAAUAAGUAUCCUUUUGGAUUACUGGACAACAUUAAUUUAUGUUGUCGGUGUUUAUUCGUUGUUAAUUUAUUUGUAUGAUAACUUGAAGUCAGUUAUUUCAAUUAUCAAAUCAAUUUUGGAACCAUAUUUCCAACCACAUUUACAAAAGUCACUGAUUGAAAAAUACGGAAAAUGGGCGGUAAUUACUGGUUCAACUGAUGGCAUUGGAAAGGAAUAUGCCAAAGAAUUGGCUAAGAGGGGUAUUAAUGUUGUACUUAUAUCGAGGACAGAGAAAAAAUUGGUUGAUGUUGGAAAAGAGAUUGAAUCGGAAUUCAAAGUGAAAACAAAAUAUAUUGUUGCUGAUUUUGCAAAAGGCAGAGAAGUGUAUGAACAUAUUCAAAAGGAAUUGGAAGGUAUCCCUGUUGGAAUUUUAGUCAAUAAUGUUGGCAAAAUGUACGAUUACCCAGAUGAACUAGCAAAGGUGCCCGAAGACAUUCUAUGGGAUCUUAUCAACAUUAAUGUUGCAGCUUGCACAAUGAUGUGUCGGAUGUUAAUCGACCAAAUGAAAAAGAAUGGAAAAGGUGCAAUUGUUAAUAUUUCAUCAGGAAGUGAAUUACAACCGUUACCUUAUAUGGCAGUUUAUUCAGCGACAAAGAAAUACGUCAAAAGUCUGACAUUAGCCCUUCAGGAAGAACUUAACGAAUAUGGAAUCACAGUACAGUGUGUCACACCAUUAUUUUUAGUUACAAAAAUGAAUCAAUAUUCGAAGAAAGUCAUGAACGGUGGUUUUCUAAUACCGGAUGUCAAAAGUUUUUCAGAAUCGGCAGUUUUCACAUUGGGAAAAACAAGCGAAACAACAGGCUAUUGGACUCAUGGACUUCAGUAUGCGGUCAGUAAACUUGUGCCAGAAUGGACCCGAACAAAAAUUGGUCAUCGAAUAACUCGAAGACUAAGAGCGGAAUAUUUAAUUUCGGUGGUUAACAAUAAAGAAGCAUAAAGACUGAAUAAUUGCCGUGCUUCGUUAUUAUUUUUUGUAUAAGAUUUCUAAAUUAAUUUUAUUUUUUAUAUGUAUAAAACUGUAAAUAAUUUUAAUUUGUAUAAAAUCAUAAUAUUUCUGGUUUUUUGUAGUUAAUAAAAUAAAGAAAAACUUA